GGAAAGCUUCCGAAAGCUUCCGACGCCUGCAGCGCACUCUGAUGGGCAGAUAGCGUUGGAUUCCUAUCUCCUUGCUCAGGUAGGAUUCUGAAGGGUGAUCUGCACUUUCCAUCCGUUUCCUUGAGAAAGGGCUGGCAGCACAGGCUGGUGACGCCCCAGGGCGGAGGCGCAGCAGGGGCUGGUGUCCUCCGUGGGACUGAGGGCUGUUACGUGAACGGGUGUUGAGCGCACACUCUUACCUAACAGGCUGUUGCUGACCAACAGAUCUGGUUUUGCCGUGACUCAGUGCAUGCCAUGCAGUGUGUAACCUGCCUUGGCCUCCGUUCCCGGCGGCGCUGGCUGAGGGGCGCGGCUCGCAGCGCAUGAGCGUCCGAGGGGCAGGACCUGCUGGCGAGCAGCAGGGUCUCUGGCACUCCGAGUGUCUGGGCUUUUUGUGCAUAGUUUGUUUAUAAUACGGUUAUUAAGUCAGCUCAUGUUUACCAGUCCUUUCCAACCAGUAUAUUUAAAGCACAUCCUUGUUCGCAGUGUUUCUGCAGACUUCGGUGUGUCCCGCUGUCCCCAAGGGAAGACAGCGUUGUCCCCAUGCACGCUGGGGCAGGCGGGGUUGGAUCCUACCGAUCCUCAGUGCCACAUCUUGCUCUGAACUGUGAUACAGAACCUGCUCAGCUUGCAAAUAGCUGCUUAUCAGAACAUGUUCCUUUGUCUCCGUGUUUCCUGCAGGUGCCAGGGCCCGGUGGAGGAGCACCGGGACAGCGUGCUGUGCAGCGGCAGCUCUGGCGGAGCGGAGGAGAAUGAGAAGCACGAGAAGCUCCGACUGGAGAGGGAGCAGGAGCAGAAGAAGGCCGGCAAGGCCAGCGCGCCGCGGCUGAACAGCGCCCUGCCCUCGGAGGAGCCCCGCAGCGAACCGCUGGUGUCCAUCUCACCCCCGGCGCCCCCGCCGCCCCCGCCCCUGCCCGCCCCCAUCUCCGUCAUCCCCAUCCCUGUUGUCACCAGCCCCCCCCAGCAAGCAGCCCAGGCCACGCUGUCCCCGCCGCUUGUGCAGCGCCACCAGCCCCUCGUAAGCACUCCCAGUGUCACCAAGGAAGGACCGUCGGUCGCCCCGGUCAUCCAGCGGCCGCCGGGCCCGCUGCUGCCGGACGGGAAAGCCGCCACCCCCCCGUCGGGCAGCCCGAAGCAGCUCCAGCACUACGCGGCGCCCGUCCUGGCCAUCUCCCAGCACCAUGUGGUCCAGCAGCCCAUCCAGCCGCAGCCGCACCCCGGAGCAGCCCCGCAGCUCGGCGCUCUGAAACUGGCGCCAGCAGAGGACACGAAACCAAAUGAGCAGAAGAAGAGACCUGGAGGGGUUGGGACCAGGGAAGUACAUAAUAAGUUGGAGAAGAACAGACGUGCACAUUUGAAAGAGUGCUUUGAGACAUUAAAACGCAACAUCCCCAACGUAGACGACAAGAAGACCUCAAACCUCAGCGUCCUAAGGAGUGCCUUGCGAUACAUCCAGACUUUAAAGAGAAAGGAAAAGGAAUAUGAACACGAGAUGGAGCGGCUGGCGAGAGAGAAGAUUGCUACCCAGCAGCGACUGGCAGAACUGAAGAACGAGUUGAGCCAGUGGAUGGACAUCUUGGAGAUUGACAGAAUUAUUCGUCAGACCGUUCAGCCAGAGGAUGACCAGGCAUCUACCUCGACAGCAUCAGAGGGUGAAGACAACAUGGAUGAAGACAUGGAAGAUGACAGGCCAGUGAACUCGUUACCAAAACUCACCCAGCGCCAGCACCCAGAGCUCCUGAAAGCCGUCCCUUCAAACGCUGCUCCCCACCACCCGGCCGUUCUGCCUCAGCACCUCUCCAUCCAGCAGAAACCCCCCGCCGCGCACGCACAGCCUCCCAUCCAGACACAGGCACUGGUCCAGCCGCAGGCGAUCGUCCCUGCACAGACUCACAUCGUGGCGGCUUCAACCGUGCAAUCGACUGUUAUCGCCCACACCGCCACUACCCACGCUUCGGUCAUCCAGACUGUCAACCACGUGAUUCAGGGUCCACAGACCAAGCACAUUGCUCACAUUGCACCUUCCACCUCCAGCCCCGUGCAACUCACCACUGCUGCUCAGCCCAUCGGCCACAUCACUGUGCACCCGGCCACCAUCAACCACAUGGCCCACCUGGGCCAGCAGCUGCCCCUGUACCCGCAGCCCGUGGCCGUCAGCCAGCCCGUGGUGAGCCACAUCGCGCACACCAUCUCGCACCAGCAGGUGAACGGCACCGCCAGCCUGGGCCCGCCGGCCGUGAUGGCCAAGCCGGCCGUGGGAACCCAGGUGGUCCAUCACCCGCAGCUGGUCGGGCAGACGGUGCUGAACCCGGUGACUAUGGUGACCAUGCCGUCGUUCCCCGUGAGCACGCUGAAGCUGGCCUAGAGGGGCCGGCCCGACGGCCGGGCCUUUGUUGGGAACCGUUGCUAAACUCCGUACAUUCCAGCCGGGCCGGACUGGGCGGGACGGGCUGGGCCGCGCAGCCGCCGCCGCGGCCCCCGCACUCGGGUUUUGCUAAUCUGAGAAAACUUCAAGGACAGUCCUUCAUGGUGAUUUUUUUUCCUUUUCCGUGUAAUCAGUGAAAUAUGGAUAUGAUGUUCUUAAGACUUUUAUUUUCCCCUUUUAUGUGUUGCUUCUUUGUAGAAUAAAAAAAUGCUGAUCUCUUUAUUGAGAUGUUGCGUAGAAUGGGAAAAAAAUCAUAGAAGUCUAUAUUUAUAUAUAUGUGUGUAUGUGUGUGUAUAUAUAUGUAUAUACAUAUAUAUAUAAAUAUAACAUUUGAAGAAGGCCUUUUGUAAGGUUGAUUAUUUUGCAGGAUUAUUAGACAAAACUCAUUUUUGGAGGAAGAAGACAGAGUGUCCUCUCUAAACAAGAAACUUUAAGAUAGAUGGUUUGGUGGACCAGGGUACGUACACAGUGACAAAGUGCAAAUGGUAACCGUGUCAGAGGUGUUUCCCAUCGUACAUCACAUUUCAAAGAACCAUCUAAAAUCACUGUGACUUGUUAUGGCAUUUUAAGGAAAUUCUCUGUCCUGUCUAAUAAAAGGAAAAAGAAUACACAACCGGA